UUGGUUGCUGUUGUAACAGGUUGCAAUUGUGGUAUUGGAAAGCAAAUAGUGCGAGAGCUUAAUAUUCGAGGCGCUAAGCUCGGUUGUAAUCCAGAUCGUCUUAUUUUUAAAUGUUUGGAUUUGGCGAAGUUUGCGUCUAUUUGGCAAGUGGCAAGAGAAAUCGAACAAGUCGAAGAUCAUAUCGAUUUGCUCAUUAAUAAUGCAGGCAUAUUUCUUUAUCCAAAAUUUAAAUUAACUGAUGAUGGUCACGAAUUAGUAUGGCAGACGAAUUAUCUUGGUCAUUUUUUGCUUACCGAACUAUUAGUACCAUCAUUAAGUAAAGCACCUUCUGCUCGUAUUGUCAAUGUAUCUGCUCUCGCACACUAUUAUUCUGAUAAUCUGGAUUUACAUCUGGUCGACCGUCGUGAUGGUUGGGACUCUCGAAGCUCAUAUGCUCGAUCAAAGUUGGCUCUGGUGAUGUACUCCUUCGAACUCACUAAGCGUCUGCGUGCAUCUAAUCAGUCUAAUAUAUCAGUGAACUCAUGUCAUCCGGGUAUUUCAUAUACAAGAAUUAUACGGCAUACACCUUUGGCUCGAAAACCGCUCAACUUCAUUUUUGCACCUUUGAUGUACAUGAUUUAUUGUCGAUCAAAUAUCAGUUAUAGUAAUCUAAAAUCACGUGAUACUUUAUGCAGAUCUUAUUACAGGUGGUUCUUCCUAAAGACUCCUAAAGAUGGUGCACAAACUCCUUUAUACUUGGCACUGUCCAAACGUGUUGCUGGUGUUUCUGGAAAAUAUUUCGUCGAAUGUUCCCAAAAGGAACCAUUAACGAUGAAAGAUUGGGAUAAAAGGUGUGAGGAUUUAUACGAAUAUUCAAUUGAAGUUUGCGGGCUUCAGAAUUAUGUGAGAAUUUGA